AUGGUAAAUUUAAUAGAUGCAACAUACGCAGCAAUUGCUCACAGCAAACACACGUACCUAUCUAUCUAUCUAUCUAUCUAUCUAUCUAUCUAUCUAUCUAUCUAUCUAUCUGACUCUUUUGUAUCCAUCUAUCUAUCUCAGCCUGUUCAUAUUUAUCUAUCUAUCUAUUUAUCUAGUCAUGUACGGUUCUAUCUAUCUAUCUCAGCCUGGUCAUAUCUAUCUAUCUAUCUAUCUAUCUAUCUAUCUAUCUAUCUAUCUAUCUAUCUGUCUGUCUGUUUGUCUCAGCCUGUACUAUCUAUCUAUUUAAGGUUACCUAUCUAUCUUUCUAUAGAUAUCCUGUUCAUAUGUAUGUAUGUAUGUAUGUAUGCAUCUAUCUAUCUAUCUAUCUAUCUAUCUAUCUAUCUAUCUAUCUAUCUAUCUAUCUAUCUACCUAGCUUUCUAGCUACCCAUGUACGGUUCUAUCUAUCUAUCUAUCUAUCUAUCUAUCUAUCUAUCUAUCUAUCUAUCUAUCUAUCUAUCUAUCUAUCUCAGUCUGUUCAUAUCUAUAUCAAUAAUACCUUCUUUUAUAUUUUCUUUCUUUCUUUUUUCUUUCUUUCUUUUUUCUUUCUUUCUUUCUUUUUUCUUUCUUUCUUUCUUUCUUUUUUCUUUCUUACUUUUUUCUUUCUUUAUUUUUCUGUCUUUAUCCUAUUGCAAAAUGCAGUGAAAUAUCCAAAAAUCACAUCCUCCAUUGGCAGUUUUACUUUUUCUCUGAACUACAUCAAAACACCAGCUUUUUUGCCAAUCAUUGAUGGAGAUCUGUCUGUAGCCACGCUUUCAGCACGGUCCCUGUCCACUCCGACCCUGUCCAGUCCACCAACAAAAGAGAUGAACGUGUCAUUUGCUGUUGUGAUGUCCAUCACAGGGAAACAACCCCAGGAACUGCACGGUGACGCUCUGUCUCGUCUAUACCAAGAGGUCCGAAUCUGCUAA